AUGGCCCACAGCACCAAGCAGCCUCCUGCCACCAUGCUCCAUGCCACAGGGAAGGCUCAGCACGGGAACUUCCUGGUGGCCAUCAAGCAGGAGAAGGGAGAGUCAGCUCGGACGGGCACUGAGAAGCCUCACGGCGAGGAGGAGCCAGUAAAGAAGAGGGGUUGGCCCAAGGGCAAGAAGAGGAAGAAGAUCCUCCCCAACGGCCCCAAGGCCCCAGUGACGGGCUAUGUGCGCUUCCUGAACGAGCGGCGCGAGCAGAUCCGCACGCAGCAUCCCGACCUGCCCUUCCCUGAGAUCACCAAGAUGCUGGGAGCAGAGUGGAGCAAGCUGCAGCUCUCAGAGAAGCAGAGGUACCUGGAUGAGGCAGAGAGGGAGAAGCAGCAGUACAUGAAGGAGCUGAGGGAGUACCAGCAGUCAGAGGCCUAUAAGAUGUGCACAGAGAAGAUCCAGGAGAAAAAGAUCAAAAAAGAGGAUGCAGGUGCUGUGGGAGUGAACACCCUGCUCAACGGGCACCCACACAAGGCUGGUGAGUGCAGUGACAGCUUCUCCACCUUUGACGUGCCCAUCUUCACUGAGGAGUUCUUGGACCAAAACAAAGCGCGCGAGGCCGAGCUGCGGCGCCUGCGGAAGAUGAACACGGAGUUCGAGGAGCAGAACGCCAUCCUGCAGAAGCACACGGAGAGCAUGAACUGUGCCAAGGAGAAGCUGGAGCAGGAGCUGGCCCAGGAGGAGAGGCAGACCCUGGCCCUGCAGCAGCAGCUCCAGUCCGUGCGGCAGGCCCUGACCGCCAGCUUUGCCUCCCUGCCCAUCCCUGGCACGGGAGAGACCCCCACACUGAGCACUCUGGACUUCUACAUGGCCAAACUGCACAGUGCCAUCGAGAGUAAUCCCCUGCAGCAUGAGCCACUGGUGCUGCGUGUCAAGGAGAUCCUGUCCCGGAUUGCCAG